AUGGAGAGACUUCUUCUGACCAUCAUCAUCAUCAUCAUCAUCGCUGGGGCAGGGCUGAGUGCUGUCUCAUCAGCUGCUGGACGUCAGUACUAUUUUGUUUAUGACAGGAAGAACUUUACUGAAGCCCAAAGAUACUGCAGAGAGAAACACACAGACCUGGUCACUGUAGACAGCAUGGAGGUUAUGAAUAACCUGACCAACAUGGCAGAUUUAGACAACAUGUUCUACUCCAACAACAGCUACAGAGCCUGGAUAGGACUUAAUGCUGACAGCUGGACGUGGUCACUGUCUAACACAAGUUUCUACAAACCCGGGGAGACGGAGUUCAGACUAUGGGGGGAUGGAGAACCAAACAUUGGAUACAAUGACAAAGCCUGCACAGGGAUGUAUCCUAAUGGACUCUGGUAUGACUAUGAUUGUUACAGCAAGACGUAUCCAGUCUGCGCAGAUGUCAAAGGUGAGAAUAUUAACUAGUGAAGGUUCUCUUCUCUGCUUCUCUUUGCCUCUUUGUUUUCAUUAUUCAGGCCUCUGUAGGAUC